AUGGGUGGGCACACUCCACUAUUUCAUUACAUCUACCAUUCCAAAUCUACUAGGGUAAACCAUUUGAAUUCAGCUGUUGAUUUUAAUAGGAUAAUUUGCUGUGGGUUGAUUAGACUGGACAACAUAGUUAACCAUCCGGAUUUAAAAAAAAGAUAUUUGAUGCGAGCAAUACUUGGAAAACGAGGUGUGGCUUAUAUGAGUCGACAACUGGAUUGGCUUAACAAUGACAAACACCCACUUGGCCAAAUAUUUUAUCUGUUUCUUGUUGGUGGUGGUUUGAUCGAGUUUUUUCUACUUACCGUAUCUCGUGUCCACAAAGAAAUGCAAUGGCCAGCUAGGUCAAAGCACUGCUCUGUUUGCAAAGGGUGUAUUGCACGGCUGGAAUGGUUUUUAUCGUUUUUGAUCUCUACUUCAAUGUAUUGCGCAAUGGGUGCAUUUUACUCUUUUCGUGCUCUUCAGCUUACGUAUAAAGAGUUGGAUCUGGGUCGGCGUCUCUAUCGCGAUCCAAGAAUCAGUAAAAUUGUAAACAUGCCAUUUUGGAUACAGAUGAAUUAUUUAUCUCAAGCUGAGCCACGGAUAUCUGCGUUUUUUUUGUUCACGGGGAUACUUGCUGUGAUUGUAUUUCUUUUUUUUCUAUACCAAUCGAGUUUUGUUAUCUGGGGCAUUACAUGCAAGUUGACUGACCAACACCGAUGGUGUAACAUUGUAGAUGUAGCACUCGAGUGUGGAAAUCAAACUAACACUGUAUAUCAUGUACACCAAACCCUUUUAGCAAACGAGUCGUUCAAGUGGGAAGAUUGUGCAUAUGCAAUUAAAGUCGGUGCUCUUGAGCAUGUACCCAAAUGUGUUUAUGAUUACAAUCGCGAUUAUCGACGACUCAAAACCGCCGUUCUUGUAAAUGGACCCAAAAGUCGUGCUGCACGAAUAUUUCGCCAACGCACAUUGGAAGUUGACAAAAUCAUGCAAUGCAGUAGUGAUGAAGAUGAAGCAAAAUCGACACAUACUCAAGUAAGCUCGAAACAAGAUGCAACUCAACGCGGAAAGACAGUCGUAGAUGAACCUACUUUGGUUGCAUACUAUCUUGCGUCGACCCACGGCAAACGAAUGUCAAAUAUUUACAAUUUGGGUAUAUGGCAAAAUAUCAUGCAAGUUUGUUUCCCACAAUCUCUCGAUUUAAACCAAAAUAAACGUUGA